GAUGCCGUGACGGGUGGUGUCAUUUCCUCGGAUGCGUCUCUUGACCCACCCCCCUCCCCUGUGCCUCUGUCCUUGCCCCCGUCGUCGCCGCCACCACUUCCAACAGGCGAAGUCCCUCGCUUUGCAUCUCCGACGAACCAGCGGCGACGCAGGAACCGGCGUCGAAAUUAGACUCAGCCUCCUGUCUGUACAUUAUCCUCCCCUUUGA